GCGAGAACAAGCGGUUUUUGAGGCGCCCUGAGCACACUCAAGACGCGCGAAAAUAGUCAUGUGAUCACAACGUAAAUGCUCCGGAAAGCCCAAACCUCCACCAGUACCUCCGUUUUACACAGGAAAAGAACAACUUGUUACAACUGCUCUGCUCUACUGACAUAGUCCUAUCAUCUACAUUUGACGAACUAUUAUAAGUACAUUUGCAGGGGUGCAGGGAUGGAGCUGGCCCAUCAUGGUCUGGUUCUCCUACAAAGGCUGAAUGCUCAGAGGGAGUUUGGCUUCCUGUGCGACUGCACCAUCGUUGUUGGAGAUGUUUUCUUCAAAGCUCACAAAGCUGUCCUGGCUGCCUUCUCUAACUACUUCAGGAUGCUUUUCAUUCAUCAGGACAGUGAGUGUGUACGUCUGAAGCCGGCAGACAUCCACCCAGAGAUCUUCAGCUACCUCCUGAACCUGAUGUACACAGGGAAGCUGACCCCACAGCUUAUCGACCCAAUGCGACUGGAGCAGGGUGUCAAGUUCCUGCAUGCUUACCCUCUUCUGCAGGAAGCCAGCCUGGACCUGCAGCCCAGCGUGCAGUCUGCUAUGCUAACCAACUCCCUGUACGGCAUCCAGAUCUCAGAACAGCUCUCCAGUACCUCCUCGCCCCGCAAGCGAAAGCACCCCUCCUUCCUGUCCCCUGAAAAUUCAGCCUGUGUUCCCAAACAGGAGCUUGGAGGUGUGGAGAUGGCUGUUUGCGAGUCGCCCCAAGUGUCAGCGGAGAGGAAGGUGUCCUAUAGUCCCACCGCCCCCUCUGCGUGCCCCCCACUACCAUACGUGCAGGUGGGCCUGGCUCAGCGCAGCGCCUCCCGCAGGAAGCACUACACGUGCAGGCUCUGCAGCAGCCUGUUCACCCAGCGCAGUCAGUUGAGGGAGCACAUGGUCCUUCACCUGCAACAGGGCUCCCAGCAGGGGGAGCAUGCGAGCUCACAGCCCCAGGAGCAGGAGCCGGUUGGAAAUAGAAGUGGAGACAUGACGCCUGACAGCUCUCUCGCUGAGCCCGAAGCGGAGGAAGAGACGGCGCGCGCUGACAGCGAUGUUGUCAACAGUGACGGGGAGUUGCCGGCCCUGGUGGUUCAGCAGGGUGGAGACUCUACACCCCCACCCUCGGACAUCGCCGAUAUCGACCGCCUCGAGGAAGGGUCUGCGGUGGACGCGGGUGGGGAUGCCAAACGCCGGCGGUUCCAGUGCCCGACCUGCGGUCGCAAGUUCCUGCAGCGGAGCCACUGGCGCGAGCACAUGUACACCCACACGGGAAAGCCUUACCGCUGCAGCGCGUGCCACAAGUCUUUCUGCCGUGCCAGUCAGGCGGCGCGCCACACCUGUCGCCUGCUCUCCCAGGACGCUUACACCAUGGUGGACCCCCAGUGCCUGCUGUUGUGUGACGGGGUAGACGGCAGCCAGACAGAGGCCCUCUUCUUGCCCUCUAGCCGGCCAUAUAAGUGCCACUCCUGUGCCACCCCCUUCAGUAGCCCGGCUGAGGUCUUCAAACAUCACUGCAGUCAGGCAGUAGCUGCGCAGGGUUUUGUACGCCCACAAGAUGCAACCCAGAGCAAUGGUUCAAGAGAUACAAGUCCAGUACGUCCUGAUGGUAAUGAAAGCUGAAAGCCUUGGGUCGAAAAUCUUUUUUUCUUGUGCCACAACAUUUACAGGUUUUCAUGUAAAUUGAUUUUAUGUUCUCUUUAUUCAACAUAAUAUUAAAUUUUUGUAUUUACAUCUUUAUAUAGAUUCUUUUUUUGUCUGAAAACUGUUAAUAUUUUUGAUAAAGUUUGUUGAUAAUAAACAGAUUUUUGUAAAUAA